AUGGACGGAUUGAAGCUAUUUGGCGGCGUGGAAGGAGGCGCAACACAUUCAAACCUAGUUAUUUGUGAUGAGACUGGCAAAGUAGUCAGCAGAUCAAAAGGUCUUGGGACAAAUCACUGGAUACUCGGCAUUGAGGAAUGUGCAAAGCGUAUCAUUCAGAUGGUGCACACUGCUAAAGAUGAAGCGGACAUACCUAGAGAUAGACCUUUGGAUUCAUUGGGUCUGACGCUGUCUGGGUGCGAGCAAGACAGCAGCAAUGCAGAUUUAGCUAGACGGGUCAAGGAGUUGGACGAGAAUAGCGCAAAAGCGAUAUAUGUAGCGACGGAUACUGCUGGAUCACUUUUCACAGGCGCUCCUAAUGGUGGGAUGGUUCUUAUAGCUGGUACCGGAUCAAACGCUUUAUUGAGGACGCCCGAUGGUCAGCAGUUUGGCUGCGGAGGCUGGGGUUACCUUCUGGGCGACGAAGGAAGUGCUUAUUGGAUCGCUCAUCGCGCUAUCAAGAUCGUCUUGGACGAAACGGAUGGCUUUCGUCCAGCACCACAUUCUAUUACCAAGGUGUGGGAGACCAUCAGAACUUACUUCAAAGCAGAGACCAGACCCGACCUUUUCCCUCACGCGUACAAACAUUUCGAGAAGCCUUUUUUUGCCGGUCUAACAGCUGAGUUGUCCAUACUCGCGGAUGAAGGCGAUGCCCUAUCGCAACACAUAUUCGCAGACGCAGGUGCAGCACUAGCGUUGCACGUUGUUGCUCUCGCGUCGCGCAGCCAGAAUGGAACGAGGCCUUUCGAGAACGGCUUAAGAAUAGUCUGCGUUGGAUCUGUCUGGAAGAGCUGGCAUGCGCUCGCGCCGGGUGCGUUGAGCGUUUUAGCAGCGAGACGGUUAAACAUUGAAUUAGAGCUGGUACGACUUCGUGUGUCGAGUGCUAUGGGUGCUGCGUGGUUAGCAGCAAAACACGUGAACUUCUCCCUUCCCCGGGACGACUCGGCCUUCUGUGAGGUUUUCUACACAUAUAGACCAGAUAAUGGCAGAGUGAAAGAUAUUGACGGCUACGGUUGUGGCUGUAGCGAAUUUUGGAGCUAA